GCGGGGGAAGCGCUCGCAUGGGACAGAGGAGUUGCGACACGGUCUUGGUAUGACACUAUGGGGUGCGCCGGGGGUGGCUCUGGUUACUCAAGAAAUCAGCCACCGCGUACCCUACAAAUGACGCAUCGGCAGAACCGCUCUCGUCCUCUCAUUCUCCAUCCGCCCCCGGGCAGCGCCCUCUCAUUCACUAUACGCCCCCGGGCAGCGCCCUCUCCUUCCACUGAUCUGCCCUUGGGCAGUGCCCCGUGUCACCAUGGCCUCAACACCAAUUGCUCCACUUGUCCUGGUUGUCCUUGAAUCUAUCAUUGAAGUCUUCAUCAUCACUUUUGCUGGUUAUAUCCUUGCCGUACAGGGCAUUCUUGACAAGAAGACGCAGAAGCAACUAAACCGCGUCAACGUCUCCAUCUUCACGCCGGCACUGCUCUUUGGCAAAGUUGCCUUUUUCCUUACACCAGCCAAACUCGCCCAGCUAUGGGUCAUACCAGUCUUCUUCGUCAUCAUCACUGUAGUUUCGGCCGUCGUCGCGCUCGCACUCUCAACUCUCUUCAAGCUGAAGAGGUCGCAAAGGAAUUAUUCCAUUGCGGCUGCUAUGUUCAUGAACUCAAACACACUUCCGAUAGCAUUGAUGCAGAGUCUCGUCGUCACCGUCCCCGAUCUGAAGUGGGGAAGCGACGACUCACAAAGCGCCAUGCUGAGUAGAGCACUGACUUAUCUCGUGCUCUACUCUACCCUUGGCAUGAUUGUCCGAUGGAGUUUUGGCGUCAAGCUCUUGGCGUCGGGCGACCCAGACUCAGACAAACACCUUAACCAAUCUCCCACCGAGCCGGUACAGGUCGCGAGCUCCAAUUCGGCCGAAGGGGAGCGGACCCUGCGACACGAGGCCUCCACUCUGACAGAUGUGGACGAUGCAAAGACCCUCACGCAUGUUCGCGUCGAGGAGUCCAAGUCGCUCCCGGGUUCACGACCCAUCUCGCCCGAACUCCAGCCACAAGCAUCAGGAUCAGGCGCGUCAUCACUGUACGCCGAAGAAGGCGUGCUCGAUGAGAACACGUUGCUUCCCCCUUUGGAAAACACAAUCCCGGAGUCGACACCCGUGGAACAGCCGUCCCGUAUGCAGCACACGCUCAACCGGCUCCGCAGGUUCUGGAUCGGUUUCUACGACUUCAUGACCGUGCCCCUGUGGGCUGCGCUCGCGUCGAUUAUCGUCGCCUUAAUCGGGCCGCUGCAAUCUUUCAUCGAGGACCACGUCCCGCCCAUCACAGGCGCGAUCACUCAAAUGGGCAACUGCUCCAUCCCCAUCACGCUAGUCGUCCUCGGUGGAUACUUCUGGAGGCCGGCCGACAAGAGUCAGCUCCCGACCCACCAGCCGCCGAUCCGCAAGGGGAGCAAGGCGUGGUUCUCGACGCUUUCCAGCCAAUUGCGCGAGAAAUUCAGCUUCAGGAGGAACCGGGAGCCGAGGUCUGUGCAGAAGGAGAACUCGGGGGAGACGACAACGGUCAUCGUCGUUAUUCUAGCGAGAAUGGUGAUCACGCCGUUGCUGCUCCUGCCGUUGCUAGUCGUCGCGACGAAGUACAACAUUCAGCGGCUUCUCGAAGACCCUGUGUUCAUCGUGUCGAACGUACUCAUCAUCGCGUCCCCGCCCGCGCUCACGCUCGCGCAGAUCACGCAGGCGGCGUCGGGCGACGCCUUCGAGCGGCUCAUCAGUCGCACGAUUUUCUGGUCGUACGUUGUCUUCACCGCGCCCUCUACUAUUAUCGUCGUCGUCAUCGGCUUGAUCAUCGCGAAGCUCUGAUUUCGCGCCUUUCUGUCCUUGCUCUCCUUCCAUUCGUUACUGUUUUGUUUCCUCCCUCGUAGAUCUCGCAUACUUGAUAGACGGUUGCGACAUAUCCCACUCGACACAUCUGUAGCCUCGUAUGACGACUGCACCCGACUUGAUUUUGGACUCACUUCUGCUUUCUCGUACAUGCGACGCGGUGUGCCGAAUGACCUCAAGAGGCUGCGCCUGACAGGUAUCGGGCGCGUGCGUGGUUAUAUGCGGCGAUAUAGAUCGCGUUGCCGAUUCAUAGACUGUUGGCUGGCUGUAUUUUGUAGGCUCUUUCUUCCCUAUACCUGAUACAUCGUAUCCUCACAUGCUGCCAUACUUCGCGCUCUCGCCUGUCGUAUGAUGUCCGCGAAUAUACACUGUCAUCUUGAUCG